ACUAUAAUUGUAAUCCAAAAGUUAUUUACUCGGACAUUGAUGCAUAAGUCAAACUUGUAAAGAGCUGGUGAAUUAUAGUUGGUGCAAAGCAAUGGACAUCCCCACCUAUACGCAGCUUCUCUACCUUUCUACCACACAUGAUCAACACCAAAAUUAAUACGAUACUCAUUUUCCACUGCCAGUAAUGAUACUGGUUAGGCCCAUUACUUUGAUUUCCUUUUAACCUUUCUUUUCUUUUGUUUUCUCUUAAAGAAUUGAUUACAUUAUGAAACACAGAUACAGUAUAUAACAAAUAAUCAAAGGAAACAUGUUCGACCACUAAGGCACUUAAGUUGGUUUAUAUAAAUCACAUUAGCUAGAAAUAAUUAGUCAGACCACCCUCCACACACACACACACGUAAACAACCAUGACGGAACAAGAACAUUUUCGUCCGCUAACUCCGGCGGCUGCACUUCCGUCGAGUGACAAACAACAAACUCUCCAACGUCUUUGUCGCCGUAAAAACCAAAUCAAAUGCCUACUCUGCGUCAUUGUAACAUCUCUAAUUCUAACCACGAUCGUGUUGACUUUAGUAUUCACGGUGUUCCGAGUCAAAGCCCCGAUCAUAGAAAUGAACGGUGUGACAGUCAACGGCCAAGAUUCAACCGCAGGGACUCAGAUCCAACUGUUGGGAACAAACAUCUCGAUGGUCGUUGACGUGUCUGUCAAGAAUCCGAAUUAUGUAACGUUUAGGUAUUCGAACACCACGACGGAUAUAUAUUACAAGGGAGUGGUGGUGGGUGAAGCACGUGGGCCACCGGGAAAGGCCAGAGCGCAUCGGACGGCGAGGAUGAACAUGACGGUUGAUAUAAGGAUAGAUCGUUUAGUGUCUGAGCCUGGUUUGGUUCGAGAAGUACUUGGGUCGUCGGGUCUUGUUAACUUGUGGAGUUACACUAGGAUUAGUGGUAAGGUUAAGAUAAUGGGCAUUGUGAAGAAACACGCUACGGUUAAAAUGAACUGCACGAUGGCUGUGAACAUCUCGCGACAGGCUAUUCAAGAUGUCGAGUGCAAGAACAAUAUCGAUCUUUGAGAUUUCGGUUUCCAUAUUAAGGUAUGCGUUAUUUAGCGUUUUGUUGGUCAUUUGAUUAUGGGUGAUUGUAACAU